AUGGCAGAGACAACGAUGCAGGAUGUUGGUCUCGUCGAGCGGAUCCUCGAAAAAAGAGUCAACAUGGAUACGGGAGCAGUCGAGUAUUUGAUCCGAUGGCAAGGGACAGACAGCCAGGGGAACGAGUACGAGGACACUUGGGAGCCCGAGGAAAACGUAUUGGGGGUGGAACUGAUCGAGGAAUUCGAACAGUCUCAGCCAACGAUGCGUGUUCACCCUCGCCAGCCCCUCUCCACAAAGGCCAAUGGAACGAUGUCGCACCAGGGAGAGACCAACAAACGCCAUCCCUCGGCCUCUACUUCGAUGGUUGAUGAUCCAGAGUUCAAGGAUAUGUCAGGUGUUGAGUCGACUGCUGACGCAGAAUUGACGGGAUCGCAGGAAACAGGGGAGACUGACAAGCGGUUAAAGGCAGGAAAUGUGUUGCGCAACUACAACCAGAAGAGCAAAUACAUUUCAAGAAGGCAGGCAACAGGCAUUAAUGGGAAAUCGACCACACCCAUUCGACUCUUGCAGCUGGAUUCUGAUCACGAGAGGGCUUAUUUCAAGUCGGUUAUUGAAAAGUCGGAGCUUCUCAAGGAUUCUACUCUUCUCUCAGAGCUUAUCCAUUUUCUCAAGGAUCCCAAAACUCCGGGAUUUGAUGCCGAGGCAAGAUUGUUGAAAUCUGAUACGUGGCUUGUUGAGCUCAAGGAACAACAGGAGGCAUCAGGCAGUUUGUUCUUGGCGCUGGACAUCCCGGGUGCGAUCAUCAAGGCGCUUUUUAUUCCAGAAACAUUGCUUGAAUACCAACGACAGCAACAUCCUGUGAAGGGCCUUGUUCUGAACGAACGCUCAAUAAUCUCUGCCAUUAUUGCUGGAGAUCUGAGGGGCUCAGGGCUUUCACCGGCAGUCAACGACGAGUCAAGAUCUACUAUACCACUUCAACAGCCUACUCUCUCAAGAUCUGUAGCGGAACAGGUCGACACGAAUGGUGAUGUUUCGAUGGAGAUCGAUGAAUCCACAAGUGCGACACCCGCGAUCAGCUGUGGAUGGAGAGAUUGCAAUGAGACGCGCACCACUGUGCAGGAGCUUUCACUCCAUGUGCAACAGGAUCAUUUGCAAACUCUGGAGCAAGGAACUGGCACCACGCAUGCCAGACCAAUGCAGAAUGGAUCAGAGACGUCCUUGGAAACAAAGUCUCAUGAAGCAGAUGCUGACAACGUAACGGAAAUCUCUCGGGAUGACCAGAUUGUACGCCUUCAGAGUUCUUACUCGUCGUUGAAGGACGAUUUGGUUAGAAUGAAGGAGAAGCUUACGUGGUCGGAUCAGCAAGCCAAGGACCUGAGUACCCUAUACUCGGCGGCGAUCGUGUCUUCGGAGGAAAAUAUCAAGCGACUGGAGGCUCAGUUGGAGUGGGAGAUGAAGAAGUGGGACCAUUACCGGGAGGAGACGAUGCGGAUGAUUGCUUUGGGUGGCGGAAACGAGGACCCUGCUCGGGAGCAGCAACCCGUGGUUGCCCCGAAUGACGAUACCGUACCCACUUUGACAGUGCAACCUGAUGUACAGGAUUCGGCAACACGUCUGCCAGGCGAUCAUGGAUUCGACAAGCCCAUGGAAGCUCAAUCCCAAAACUCAAUUCGGACGAUCCAAAAGCUUCUCAUUACUGCCAGGGAGAAGCAGGCACGUUUGGAGCGGCAGAACCUGGAGCUCGUGAGCAAACGCAAGGCAUUGGAUUCAGAACAUACACUCCUUGAUCAGCGCUACCGGAAAACGCUGGCUCAGUUGGCGUCUCUCGAAGCCAAGGACCAUGAGACGGCCGAGGCCCUCAGGAGUCGUGCCAAUGGAGUUGAACAGUGCAGAGCAACAAUCGAUCAGGAGCAGGAGCUGUCCCGCAAGACAGUGGAGGAGCUCCAGUCCAAGAUCGAAGAGCUGAGACAGGGUACUUCGACGUCGCCAGCGCAACCGCAGCCUCAACUUUCACCUCCUGCGGCGAUGGACAUUAUUGCCGGCAAUAGUGUUCAGGAGAGUGACACCAAUGGCGACCACAUCAUGGCCGAAUCGACUCCACCACCCGAGUCAACGCCCCCACCCACCACGCUGGCUUCUACUUUGCCUUCUCAGGCAGAGCCUUCUGAAGGUCUUUCUCCAAUGAGCGUGGAAUCAGGACCUUCGACUGCGGCGGAGUCUACAUCAGAGCCAUCGACAUCAGCGCCUUUGGACGAACCACAACCGCCCGUUGAGCCUGUUGAGUCGUCGUCGUCGUCGUCAUUGGACAAUGUCUCGGCAGAGCCUCCUACAACACUCCUAGAUGAGCAACCCGCAGAGAACUCGGACGUUCAAAUGACCCAGGAGCAGCGGGGCCAGAAGGAGCAGCAGGACCAGCCCACCUUAACUGCAAUGGUGACAGAACCAGUCAACCUUGACACUUCUAGCGACCCCAGCACAAGCACGAGCACAAGUGCAGAUACAAACACCUCCACAAUCACUGCUCCCGUCGCUUCUUCACCCACUCCCACCACCCCAGCUCCCGCUCCUGUCGAUACUGCUGCUUCUGUUACAACUAGCUAUACCGCUGAAAGCGGACCAUCCACAUCCACAUCGACACCAUCCUCGUCAGUUGCUCCCUCCUUGGUACCACAGGGGAAGAUUGAGGAUGCAAACGAGAAUCCGCCUAGUGGAGAGCCGCCAGCAUCAUCGCCUAAGGCACCUAUGGCGACAUCAGUCAACGAAAACAGCAUCAACGACGAACCCUAA